AAUUGGCUGCGGACCGCUGAGAGCUGCUGUCAUGGCGGUCGCUCUGUGGGGCUUCUGUUCCGUCCUUCUACUGCUGCUAUCAGGGGGUGUCCAGAGCUCGGAGGUGCCCGGAGCUGCUGCCGAGGGGUCGGGGGGAAGUGGGGUCGGUGUAGGAGACCGCUUCAAGAUUGAGGGGCGUGCAGUUGUUCCAGGGGUGAAACCCCAGGACUGGAUCUCGGCGGCCCGAGUGCUCGUAGAUGGAGAAGAGCACGUUGGUUUCCUUAAGACAGAUGGGAGUUUUGUGGUUCAUGAUAUACCUUCUGGUUCUUAUGUAGUGGAAGUUAUAUCUCCAGCUUACAAGUUUGAUCCUGUCCGAGUGGAUAUCACUUCAAAAGGAAAAAUGAGAGCAAGAUAUGUGAAUUAUAUCAAAACCUCAGAAGUGGUCAGACUGCCCUAUCCUCUACAAAUGAAAUCUUCAGGUCCACCUUCUUACUUUAUUAAGAGAGAAUCAUGGGGCUGGACAGACUUUCUGAUGAACCCAAUGGUUAUGAUGAUGGUUCUACCAUUAUUGAUAUUCGUGCUUCUGCCCAAAGUGGUCAACACAAGUGAUCCUGACAUGAGACGGGAGAUGGAGCAGUCAAUGAAUAUGCUGAAUUCCAACCAUGAAUUGCCUGAUGUUUCUGAAUUCAUGACAAGACUCUUCUCUUCAAAAUCAUCUGGCAAGUCUAGCAGCGGCAGCAGUAAAACAGGCAAAAGUGGAGCUGGCAAAAGGAGGUAGUUGGGCAGUCCAGAGCUGGCAUUUGCACAAACACGCAGCACUGGGUGGCAUCCAAGUCUUGAGGGAAAACUGUGUGAAGCAACUACUGUAAACUUGACUCAACCUGAAAGUUGAUCUCCUGUAACUGUUGUAUGUAAUAACUUUUGAGCACAUGUUUUGUACUUGGUACACAAGAAAACGCAGCUUUCAUCCUUUGUGUGAGGUCAAUAUUGAUGUCACUGAAUUAAUUACAGUGUCCUAUAGAAAAUGACGUUAAUAAAUUAUAUGAAGUACUAUACAUUAUGUAUAUUAAAAUAAGUCUUAAUCCAGAGAUAAAAUUGUCGUUUU